ACUUUGUUCUGUCUUCAUUUAUUUUUAACAGCGCCAAAGUUGAAGAGUUUGAAGUACAGAAAAGAAAGAAGGAAAGAAAAAAAAAAUGGAAAAACUCGCAAAUUCGUUUUCAGUGUUAGAACUCGACGCCGGCGAUAGUCACGUUCCCACCACCGCAGAUAACAGUGGCAAGGGAGUUAAUCCUGACAUUGGCGUUAUACCAGUAAAGAACAAGAAACAAGAUCAAGAAAAUGAAGUGUUUCCUUCAUGUGAAUACAAGUUACCUCUGGUGUGGAUUGACUUGGAAAUGACUGGUUUAAAUAUUGAAGUGGACAGAAUACUGGAGAUUGCUUGUAUAAUUACAGAUGGAUUUUUAACCAAAACAGUGGAGGGUCCCGAUUUGGUCAUUCAUCAAACUAAGGAGUGCCUUGACAGGAUGGGAGAAUGGUGUCAGAAUCAUCAUGCAUCUAGUGGAUUAACAAAAAAGGUGCAACAGAGUACCAUUAGUGAAGGAGAAGCUGAAAAGCAGGUUAUUGAAUUUGUAAGGAGAUAUAUUAAAGUUGAUUCGUACACACCUCUCUUGGCAGGAAAUUCAAUAUAUGUUGAUUUUCAAUUUCUGAAGAAAUACAUGCCAAAAUUGGCGAGUCUAUUCUCUCAUGUACUUGUUGAUGUUAGUAGUGUUAAAGCUCUCUGCAUUCGCUGGUAUCCCAAAGAUCAGAAGAGAGCACCUUCAAAAGAAAACAGACACAGAGCCAUGGAUGACAUUAGAGAAAGCAUUGAGGAACUUAGAUACUACAAGGCAAAUAUUUUUAAGCCUAAGUCCAGAAAGUGAUCGAGUUGCAGAGAACCACCGUGUGAAUGGUUAUGGGCUAGUUUCCAGUUCAAGUGUAAAUGGCUCGUGAUUUUCGAUAGAUUGUAUUGCAAAAUCACAUUUAAAUCUUCAUCGGAAACCCUGAUGUUUCAACAACUCUUUCAAAAUGGAACUGUGAUUGCCUAUUACCAUGUCCAAAGAAAUGUAAAAUAAGUUUUACGUUUUUACA